AGGAGAUACAAGAUACGGUGACUGCGCUUCAUUGUUGUAAAGUUGACCGUGCAACAGCCAGUUGGGUCAACACAGUGCACCUGUUCAUCUCGGCUAGUCAGGACACAGAAAUCUAUUGAAGAGAAGCAGAAAAUGACAGUUCCAGCAGAUUUAGUUGUUCAGUUUCAGGAUGCAUUUGCGCAUUUUGACCGAUUAAAUUGUGGCAUUAUACCUACUAAGCUUCUAGGACAAGUUCUUCGCUUUGUAGGAGAAAACCCUAGUGAGGCCGAAAUUCAGGAUAUGAUGAACGAAGUAGAUGCCUCAUCAACGGGCAGUUUUAGGUUCCCCAGCUUCCUGGUAAUGAUGGCGAGGAAGUACGAUGAUAACAGUGCUGAGGACGAAAUCAGGGAGGCAUUCAAGGUCUUUGACUCGGAUGUAUAUUUGCUUUUCACACGCAUAAAACAAGAAUGGCCUGGAGGUCACAAAGUUGCACCAGAUGGUAAUGGAUUUAUAAACAGGCAAGAACUACGCUAUGUCAUGAUGAACCUGGGCGAAAAUAUGGAAGAAGAGGACAAAACUGUGGUAGCCGGACGUUUCACCUUCUUGGCAAAUGGAGAUCGAAUGUUUGAUCGAUGAGAUUGAUAUCGAUGGUGACGGACAAAUCAAUUACGAAGAAUUCUAUCUAAUGAUGACUUCUACAAAAUAAUUGUGAAAAAAGAAAAAAUUCUGGCCAAUGGAACUUAAAAAUAAAAAAAAUAAAACUUCUUUACAGCGAUCAUAUAUUUGAGCGAUUUCGAGCAACCAUGAGUGCCAGCUUCGGCACUUUCCAUCAAAUAAGUAAAACUUUUAAAGCGAUAAAAAUAUUCAGAUUACGAAAUAACGAACAACUUUUAGUUACCAGUAGGCCAAACUCCCCACUGCGACCUAAAAGUUUGAAAGCUUUAUUCAAAAUCAAGAAAAUACUGUAUGAAAGAUCGUCUUACAAUCUUUUUUCGUCAAAUUUGGGAGUUCAUGUCUUAAUAAUGAUUAUUGCUAAUGAUAUAGUUUUAUGAAAUUUAAUUGUUUUAUUUUAAUUUUGUUUAGCAUUUAACCUUUUUCUUGUUUUUCGAUCUUUAGUUAUAUUAUUUAAAUUGGAAAUAUAAUUGACAAUUUACCAUCUUUGCUCCCUUAAGACCGCCUUGUUCCCCUUGUCCUCUUUUCCGGUUCAAAUAAAAAAAUGUUAUGCUUA